AUGAAGUUCUUCCAGACCGUGACAGCCUUUCUGCUGCCGCUCACAGCUCUAGCAGCAAAGAAGAGCUCGACCGACAAGUUCGCCGACUACCGAUCGCAACAGCUGGCCGCAGCUGCUCCCCUCAAGCUCGACGACAAUGAAUACUCGAGAUUGACCUCGUCUCCCCGCGACUACUCCGUUGCUGUUCUUCUAACUGCCCUCGAGGCCAGAUUUGGAUGCUCUAUCUGUCACGAAUUCCAGCCUGAAUGGGACCUCUUGGGCAGAUCUUGGGCUAAGGGAGACAAGAAGCAGGAGUCUAGACUGGUUAUGGGAACCCUCGACUUUGUCAAUGGCCAGAGAACUUUCCAAUCUCUGCAGCUCACCACUGCACCUGUCCUACUCUACUUCCCUCCUACCACUGGUCCUGAUGCUAAGCCCGACUCUCAACCCCUCCGUUUCGAUUUUACUACUGGUAUCAUCGCUGCUGAACCCGUCCACGCCUGGCUCGCUCGCCAUGUUGCAGGCCCAACUCCUCCAGUCGUCCGUCCCGUCAACUACGUCAAGAUCAUUACCACCACCACAGCUAUCCUCGGAACAAUCACCGCUUGCACCGUAGCUGCUCCUUACGUCCUCCCCAUCAUCCAAAGCCGCAACCUCUGGGCAGCCAUCAGUUUGAUCGCCGUCCUCCUCUUCACCAGCGGUCACAUGUUCAACCACAUCCGCAAAGUCCCCUACGUCGCAGGCGACGGCAAGGGCGGAAUCUCCUACUUUGCCGGUGGUUUCCAGAACCAAUUCGGUCUCGAGACUCAGAUUGUUGCUGCAAUGUACGCUAUCCUUGCUUUCGCAACCAUCUCUCUUGCUCUCAAGGUGCCCCGUAUGACAGAGCCUCGCACCCAGGGUAUCGCUACUCUUGCUUGGGGUCUUGUCAUGCUCGCCAUGUACAGCUACCUCCUCAGCACUUUCCGCAUCAAGAACGGUGGCUACCCCUUCUUCUUGCCUCCUUUCUAG